GUGUCUCCGGCUCCCGGUGGGGGCGCGGGGGGAAUCCAGGUCACAUCCAGAGACAGCGACCGGCUCGAGGAGUGACACUGACUCAGGAGUUGGGCACCAGGCGGGGAAGGAGUCUGUGUGUGUGUUUUGUGGGGGAAGGGGGGAGAGUGCGCCUUAAAACAUGACACAUUUUAUAAGCUAAGGAGUGAAAUAGCUGAGAAGGAAACCCUGAUCUCUGGGUUCUCAUCCUCCAGCUAGAUCCAUGUGGUUGGAAUCAGUGAGGUUCCUGCUGGCGCAAAGAUUUGCCCAUGUGGAGCCAGUUGUAGGAUCAGAGCCUUAGAUGGACUUUUAUGUAAAUCCAAAUGAAGACCUUUAUCUCCUGGAUGAUGACAUAGUUUUGUUCCAAAGAAGAGAGAGAGAGGGAGAGCAGUUCUUGUGAUAUUGGUGAAAAAGAAGAAUGAGAAUGAUUACUUAUCCAUAACUCCCAGCAGUAUGUCAGGAUACAUACCCAGUUACUUAGACAAGGACGAGCUAUGUGUAGUAUGUGGUGACAAAGCCACCGGGUAUCAUUAUCGCUGUAUCACUUGUGAAGGAUGCAAGGGAUUUUUUAGAAGAACCAUUCAGAAAAAUCUCCAUCCAACAUAUUCCUGUAAAUAUGAAGGAAAAUGUGUGAUAGACAAAGUAACAAGAAACCAGUGUCAAGAAUGUCGCUUCAAAAAAUGUAUCUAUGUUGGCAUGGCAACAGAUUUGGUGCUGGAUGACAGCAAGCGGUUAGCAAAAAGGAAGCUGAUAGAAGAGAACCGAGAGAAGAGACGUCGGGAGGAGCUACAAAAAACAAUUGGGCACAGACCCGAGCCAACAGACGAGGAAUGGGAGCUGAUAAAAAUUGUCACUGAAGCGCAUGUGGCUACCAAUGCACAAGGAAGUCACUGGAAACAAAAAAGGAAAUUCCUGCCAGAAGAUAUUGGGCAAGCACCAAUGGUUAAUGCCCCAGAAAGUGGGAAAGUGGAUUUAGAAGCCUUCAGCCAGUUUACAAAAAUUAUCACACCAGCAAUUACAAGAGUGGUGGAUUUUGCCAAAAAGUUGCCUAUGUUUUGUGAGCUGCCAUGUGAAGACCAGAUAAUCCUUUUGAAAGGCUGCUGUAUGGAGAUUAUGUCCCUCCGUGCAGCAGUGCGCUACGACCCCGAGAGUGAGACUUUAACACUAAAUGGGGAGAUGGCAGUGACAAGGGGUCAGCUGAAAAACGGGGGUCUCGGCGUAGUGUCUGAUGCCAUCUUCGACCUGGGCAUGUCGCUGUCCUCGUUUAACCUGGAUGACACAGAGGUCGCCCUGCUCCAAGCUGUGCUGCUCAUGUCAUCAGAUCGCCCAGGUCUCCUCAGUGUUGAGAGGAUAGAAAAAUGUCAAGAAGGUUUCCUCCUGGCCUUUGAACACUACAUUAAUUACAGAAAACACCAUGUUGCACACUUUUGGCCAAAACUGCUGAUGAAAGUGACAGAUCUACGAAUGAUUGGUGCCUGCCACGCUAGCCGCUUCCUGCACAUGAAGGUGGAAUGCCCCACGGAACUCUUUCCCCCUUUGUUCUUGGAAGUGUUUGAGGAUUAGA